AUGUGCGAGUUCAUCUUGCAAAUCCUUCGCGCUCUUCUCGAUGUUACCGAGACAGCUGUUGAUGUCGGUAAGGACCUUGACGGUGAGAUUACCCUCUUGGACAUCUGGCUUGUCGGCGAGGAGUCUGAGGUGAGCACUUGUCUCUACGAACGAUGUGGCAAGUAG